CUCACUCCAGCGCUCUUGACCCGGAGCCAUUCUUUGCUUUUUCAGAAAGCAAAUGGGAUUAAAGUCCAGGGCUGGGACUUCCUUCUUGGAGUGUUUGACAAGGACUGACGUACUCUAGGCCCUUUGAAUCCCGGAAGUCCAGGACACACCCAGCCUUGGGUGCAGCAUCCUGAAUGCCGGAGCGAAGGUAAAAGGACUGAAGCAAACAGCAUUUCACCAUGAGGGACCCACUGACAGACUCUUCGUAUAAUAAAGUAUAUAAGAACCUGAAGGAGUUUUCUCAAAAUGGAGAAGAUUUCUGCAAGCAGAUCACAUCCAUUCUUCAGCAAAGGGCAAAUCUGGAGAUUAACUAUGCCAAAGGACUUCAGAAACUGGCAACCAAGCUAAGCAAAACAUUACAGAGCACAAAGAAAAACUGUCUUGUCAGUGCCUGGGCCUGGGUCUCGGAGGGCAUGAAGUCUGCAGGGGACCUGCACCAAAAACUUGGCAAAGCAAUUGAGUUGGAAGCAAUAAAACCAGCUCAUCAAGUCCUGAGUGCACAUGAAAAGAAGAGAAAAUCACUUGAUAACGAAGUUGAGAAGACAGCAAAUCUUGUCAUUAGCAACUGGAAUCAACAAAUUAAGGCCAAGAAGAAAUUGAUGGUUAGCACCAAGAAGCAUGAAGCACUUUUCCAUCUUGUAGAAAGCUCCAAGCAAAUUACAACUGAGAAGGAGAAGCAGAAGCUCCUCAAUAAACUGAAAAAAUCAACUGAGAAGUUAUCGAAAGAAGAUGAAAAUUACUACCAAAAAAACGUGGCAAGUUGUUCUACCAGACUGAAAUGGGAGAACACACUGGAAAAUUGCUUCCAGAGCAUCCUUGAGCUGGAGAAAGAAAGAAUUCAACUCUUAUGCAAUAACUUAAACCAGUACUCCCAACAUAUUUCUGUUUUUGGCCAGACCUUGACCACAGCCUUGCAGUGCCACACGCAGAUUCACUGUGCCAUCAGCCAAAUCGACAUCGAAAAAGACAUCCAGGCUCUCAUGGAAGAAACCGCAGUUUCAUCUACAGAAAAUAAAUCUGAGUUCCUAUUAACUGACUACUUUGAAGAAGAUCCUAAAAAUGCAAUGAGUAAAGAGCGACAGACAUCUUCAAUAAAAUCAAAACUGUUGAGACUGCAAAAAGAUAUUGAAAAAGCCUCGCGAGACCAAGAAGGCUUGGAACGAAUGCUGAGAGCCUAUUCCAGCCACUCUUCCUUCUCAGACUCAGAGAGCGAAAAAAGCACAGCAGCCUUAAUGGACGAGAAUAGCUUGAAACUAGACCUUCUGCAAGCAAACUGCUAUAAACUGUCAUCUGUGUUAGCAGAACUUGAGCAAAGACCUCAACCCAGCCAUCCCUGUAGUAACUCGAUCUUCAAGUGGAAAGAAAAGCAGACACAUAGUUCUGUAAAAAUAUCUCGGCCUGUUCUGAUGAAGAGACUAGAGAAUGUUGUGAACAGAGCAUCUUCUGAUGGGCAGAGAAUUCCAAGUCCUUCGUCUACAGCCUCCGGUGUGACCCAGCUCGGCAAUGGUCUUUGCAAGGCCUUAUAUUCUUUUCAAGCCAGGCAAGAUGAUGAAUUGGACUUGGAAAAAGGUGACAUCGUGACGAUACACAAGAAAAAAGAUGAAGGAUGGUGGUUUGGCUCUUUAAAGGGAAAAAAAGGUCAUUUUCCUGCCGCUUAUGUGGAGGAGCUUCCUUCAAAUGCCGCGGACACAGUUUCACAAGCAUGAGCGAAAUUCUGAAGGCAUCAUCUUACACAUCGUUAAUUAUACAAUGUGAUGAAAAUAAAGGGAAAUGCUGUUGUCUUCACAA